AUGUCCGCCGAACAUUUGGUAUCCAGGUAUCGUGCGAUUGUCUUGGAACCGGACACUACGGCCCUCUGGUCUUCUAAAGUUCGAAAUCCCGGUACCAUUUUGCAAAGAAACCUUCGAAGGGCAAACGAAAGCACGAAGACGACUCAGAAGUCAAAUUCGCGUCCAAAGACAAGUGAAAGAAAAUCAAACCUACGUUGCCACCUGUCAACCCCACCCAUUGACGUUGACGACGACGACGACGACCACAUUCACGCUGACCCACCCUCGCCCUCUGCCCUUCAAACUGCGACAACCACUCCCUUCACAUCAACUGGCUCAACCCCGCUUUCCCCCAUUGUCAUUCCUUCUACAUUGUCUCAAGAUUGCGAAUCCUCAACGAUUUCAACUCGCUCAGUCGACUCUACCAGCACCACCACCUCUCCCUCUAUCAGUAAUGUUGUUGUGCCCACUGCGGCUAUUGUUGCGCCCACCGCGGCUAUUGUUGCACCCACUGCAGCUACGUCACCUGCAACCACUACGGCUACCGUUGCGCCCACCGCGGCUGUCAUUGCGCCCAAUGUGGCGAUCAUUGCGCCUGCAGCUCCUGUUGUCGCCACCGUGGAUGAUGACCUUACUCCUGCAGUCGUGAACUCAAGCAACCCAGUGGAAAAUGCUCCUUGCCGGUCUCGUCGUCAGUACAAGAAAUGCCACCCUCAUGUUACGACAGGACAAUACCGGGUUCUUUGGGGUAACAUUGACGAAGCAACACGCAAGGCGAAGAAAGCCGAGAGGAAGGCCGGGAAAGCUCUCGUCACUGCGGCGCAGGCAGGGGAUGCACGGAUCCGUAAUUUAUUGCCUUCGACAUCAGGCCCUGUGCCCCAUAUUCUAGUACCUCUCGCUGUGUACUAA